GUGAGUGUUUGAGCAUCUGCUAAAUGAGCUCCAUUGACUCCUUCAGUGAAGCCGCUCCACAGCCGUUCAUGAGAGUUUAAAUGCUGGAGAAUAUUCCCAUCUUCCCACAGCUGAAGAAGAAGCAAGCAGGAGGAAUUACUCCAGGAGAAACUACUGACAUACUGUUGGAAAGAUGGAGUUUGAGGAAGAACCCUGCAGAAUGAGAGAUGAAGAUACAGAGGAACAAACAGACUCAAUGGAAGUGAAUAAGGACAAGCAGCAUCGGUUUCAAAAACCUUAUGGCACAGAUGAAGAUGGAAAAGCUAUCAUUUCACAGACUGAAAAAAAACGAGCUGGAAAAACUGGAGUCCAUGGAGGUUCUUUCGCCUGCACAGAGUGUGGAAAGAGUUACACACGUAAACCAGAACUUAACAGACACAUGAGAGUUCACACUGGAGAGAGGCCUUAUACAUGCACUCAGUGUGAAAAGAGCUUCAUUGAUAAAGGACACCUAAAUGAUCACAUGAGAAUUCACACUGGAGAAAAACCAUUUGCAUGCACUCAGUGUGAAAAGAGUUACAUACGUAAACCAGAACUUAACAGACACAUGAGAGUUCACACUGGAGAGAGGCCUUAUACAUGCACUCAGUGUGAAAAGAGCUUCAUUGAUAAAGGACACCUAAAUGAUCACAUGAGAAUUCACACUGGAGAAAAACCAUUUGCAUGCACUCAGUGUGGAAAGAGUUUCAUACGUAAAUCGCAACAUACGACACACAUGAGAAUUCACACUGGAGAGAGGCCUUAUACAUGCACUCAGUGUGGAAAGAGUUUCAGAGACAGAAGCGUUCUCAAAGAACACAUGAGAGCUCACACUGGAGAGAGGCCUUAUACAUGCACUCAGUGUGGAAAGAGUUUCAGAGACAGAAGCGUUCUCAAAGAGCAUCUGGACACUCACGCUGGAGUGAGAUCAUUCAGCUGUGAUCAGUGUGAUAAAACAUUUGUUGUGGCAUCAAACUUAAGAAAACACCUUAAACUUCAUACUGGAGUGAAGCCUCAUGCUUGUUCUUUUUGUGGAAAGAGUUUUACACGUCUGUACACUUUAAAAGUCCACCAGAGUAUUCAUACUGGUGUGAAACCUCAUGUGUGCUUUAACUGCGGGAAGAGCUUUACUACAACCAGCAACUUAAAAAAACACCAUAGGAUUCACACUGGAGAGAAACCUUACAAGUGCUCACACUGUGGAAAGAGUUUCACUGAUUCAUCAACCUUGAGAAAACAUGAGAGAGUUAAUGCUGGAGAAAAGCCGUAUCAGUGCUCUUCAUGUGGGAAGAGUUUUGUCUCAUCAUCUAAUCUACAGGCUCAUAUAAAAAAGCAUUGCCCGAAGUCGUCUAAGUGAGCAAAGUUCA